GUUAGAUCUUAAGGAGUUUAGUGUGAUACGUAUCUAAUGUGUGAUUAAUGUUUUAGACUAUAGUGUUAAAAAUUUUGGAAGCAGGUGGAAGAAGGUAUUCAACAAUAUACAACAGAAAACAUUUUUUUAAAGAGCUCUUAUAGGUACAAGAACCAACAACCAUGUUGUAAACACGAUCAUACUUUUGAGUUACAACACCAAGAAAAAUAGUAGUUUAAAAGUGCAUUUAUAGAAAAAUUCACCAUGGAUAAUAAACCUGUUGGAUCGAAUGAUGACUCUUAUACAGAGGACGAGAAAGCAAUGAUGGAUAAAAAGUUUUCCGAAGACAGUUUGCCGUUCAAGAUAGAAAUUGAAGAGAAAAAGCGGGAUACAUUUUUUUUGUUAUUUAUGGUCAUAGCAGGAAUUGUGUGGACAGAAAAAUUCGAAGCUUUGAAGUGCGGAUUGAAAUCGCAGCAAUCUUUAUUUACAAAAGUCAAAACUGAACAAGAUGCGGCAACUCGUGCCAGCUUUCGUGUGGCUCUUGAAAUUGCAAAACGUGGAAAACCAUUCACCGAUGAAGAAAUGAUCAAGGAAUGCAUAAUUGCAGUAGUCGAAGAAAUGUGCCCUGAAAAGGUAAAUUUAUUAAAAACUGUCAGUAUGUCAGCAAACACUGUGGCUCGAAGGGUAGAAAACAUCGCUGAAAAUAUAUCCUCUCAACUGUUCGACAAAAAAGGACAUGUUGAGUGGUUUUCUUUGGCCUUGGAUGAGUCAACGGAUGUGUCAGAUACUGCUCAGGUGUUGAUUUAUAUUAGAGGAGUAGAUAAAAGCUACGAAGUGCACGAAGAACUUCUUGAUAUGUAUAGUAUUCAUGGCACAACUACUGGUACCGAUAUUUUUAGAGGAGUUGAAAUGGCCAUUAAUAAAAAGAACCUUAGAUGGAAAAACUUGAAAUGUAUUACAACUGAUGGAGGCAAAAACAUGAGUGAGAAAGAUAAAGGAGUGGUCGCUCUUGUGUCAAAGGCUGUAGAAAAUGACGGCGGCUCAAAACCAUUAGUCUUACAUUGUAUCAUUCAUCAACAGUCUUUGUGCGGAAAAUGUUUGGAUAUGUCUGACGUUCUGAAACCAGUCAUAUUAACUGUUAAUUUCAUCAGAUCUUUUGGGUUGAAUCACCGACAAUUCCGACAAUUUAUUGCAGAGAUUGGAGAAACAGACUUACCUUAUCAUACUGCCGUACGCUGGCUUAGUUGUGGGAAAGUCCUUCAGCGCUUUUUUGAACUUCCAGCAGUGAUCGAAAUUGUUUUGAAUGAAAAGCACCGCCGUCUUACUGAAUUACAAAACAACGCAUGGCUAUGGAAGUUAGCAUUCUAUGUUGAUUUGACAAAACAUGUGAACGAACUGAAUUUGAGAUUGCAAGGAGAAAACCAGCCUCUUCCUGAUUUAUACACUAAUAUCAACCACACUACUGAGACUGAGUUUCCUAUCGAUUUUGCAAUCGAAACUUUGAGUGCUUUGAAGAUAAAUUUUGAUACUCGUUUCUCGGACUUUGAUGCCAUUUCGAAUCAAAUUAAAAUUUUUCAGAAUCCUUUUGAUGCUGACAUUGAAACCCUAGCCCCGGAACUUCAAAUGGAAAUGAUUGAUCUUCAGUGUAGUGAUAUAAUUAAGAACAAAUAUGAAAACUCAUCUUUGUUGGAAUUUUAUAAGAGUCUUCCACUGACACAAUUUGAUAAUUUGCAUAAAUUUGCUCGUGGGCUGUUUUCCGUUUUUGGAUCAAUGACUAAUGCAGUGUCUGGUGCUCACUUAGUCUGGACCUCACCAGUAGUUCCCAAACUAAAAUCGGAUAUUUCGGAUGAUAAUCCCAUAGGAAGGCCAGCAACGACGCUGGAAAUCUCCAUGAUAGCAGGCUUUGCUCCACUAGCAAUGAUCGCUGGCUCACUGAUACUUGGUACGUUAUCAGAACUGCUUGGAAGAAAACGAUCGUUGCAACUGUUGGCCAUUGGCAUUUUUCUAGCCAAUGUGGUUUUGGCUUUCAGUAAUAAUAUAGUACUAAUCAUAGUAUCCAGAUCCAUAUUGUUCUUUUUUUUUAACGGCACUAUGACUAUUUACCCAGUGUAUUUAACAGAGAUCUGCGAGGAUCAUAACAGAGCAAAAUAUGGUUGCUUAAUGGGUGUGUUUUUGCCCUUUGGGAGCCUCCUAAGUUACGUUUUAGGAUCUUUUUUUAGUGUAAAGGUCUACACUUUAUUAAUUUCUGCCCCUCUAAUACUAUUUUUGGCGUUUUUCUUUUUUGCUCCAGAAUCUCCAGUUUAUUCGUUAUCGAAAGGAAGAAGAAAUGAAUGUUUACAAACUUUAAUGAAACUAAGAAGUAACAAGACUGAAAAAGAAAUUAUGUUAGAUAUGUACAAAAUAGAAGAAACAAUAAAGGCAAGGGUUUCAGGUACUUCGACAAAUAGUAUGGUAUCUGUAUUUUCUACAAAAGAGAGAAGAUAUGCUUUAAUGCUUGCUCUGGUCCCAGUCGCCAUGCAGCCUCUAUCUGGAGUACUAGUGACCUUACAGUUUUUGGCGCCUCUGUUUAUUGAAGCGGGUACAAAAUAUGAUAGCAAUCAUAUGUCGAUCAUAGUAGGAUCGAUAGAGCUGUCCAGUUUUCUUCUAACAACCUGUAUUAUUGAAAGAACUGGACGAAAGCCAAUGUUAUUAAUUUCUGCGAUUGGUAUUGGCAUGACUCACUUUAUUCUAGGUUUAUAUUUUUACUUAAAGUAUAUAGAAUGCUCUUUUAUAUCAACCAUACACUUACUUCCUCUGGCUUGUGUUAUAAACCUCAUUCUGAUGUACUCAUUGGGUCUUGGUCCAAUACCAAUGGCAAUAAUGGGAGAAUUAUUCACUCCUGACAUCAGAACCAAAGCGUUAUCGUUAAUUAUGACAGUUUUGGGCAUUGGAUCAUUCGCUACCACCUCCAGUUAUCCUUUUAUGGUAGAAUAUUUGGGUAUGCAUUGGUGCGUUUGGAUCAACAGUUUAUGUUGUAUAGCGGGAGCUACCUUCAUAUACGUCAUGAUACCAGAAACAAAGGGUAAAAGUAUUGUUGAAAUUCAGGAAUAUAUUAAAACCAAGUGCAAUAAAUGAUUUUAUAUUUU